AUGAUGUGGGAACUCCGCUCCGUGGCCUUCACUCGAGCUGUCCUUGCCGAAUUCCUAGCUACGCUGCUCUUCAUCUUCUUUGGGCUGGGGGCAGCACUCAACUGGCCUGUGUCCCCACCUAAUGUUCUCCAGAUCUCGCUGGCUUUUGGCUUGGCUAUAGCGACCUUGGUCCAGGCUGUGGGUCAUGUCAGCGGGGCCCAUAUUAACCCUGCUGUGACUGUCGCGUGCCUAGUAGGUUCCCAGGUCUCCUUCCUGAGGGCCAUCUUCUACGUGGUGGCGCAGAUCCUGGGAGCUGUGACAGGGGCAGCCCUCCUGCAUCAAAUCACACCACCCCACAUUCGAGGAAGCUUGUCCAUCAACAGGGUAAGGAUUUCAGGACCUGCAAAAGUGGGAGGGAUGGAGGAUUAAAGCAGGGUGUGUCCAUACUAGGAUGUUCAAGAAACCCAGAUUAGUCUCUUGCAUUGCUCUUUUGCUAAAAAGAAAUCAUGGACCCCAGUUUCUCUCUAUUCUCUGUUCCUGCCUUUCCUCCAAGGAGCUUGGGGCUACCUAGAUCAGGCAUAGGCAAACUCAGCCCUCCAGAUGUUUGGGACUACAAUUCCCAUCAUCCCUGACCACUGGUCCUGCUAGCUAGGGAUGAUGGGAGUUGUGGUCUCAUAACAUCUGGAGGGCCGAGUUUGCCUAUGCCUGACGUAAAUGGUUCUCCCCCUUUCCACAUUAGCUCCACAACAUCCUUGUGAAGUAACUUAGUCUGAAAGAUGGUGACUGUCCUAAGGUCACCCAGUGUGCUUCAUGGCUGGGAUUUGAGCCCAAGUCUUGCGUAUCCUAGACCUGUCCAACACCUUGCGUUACCAAACUGGCCCACUACUGACAUCCUUCAGUACAAUUCAGGAUUGUGGAAGACAAAUUGCAAUGAGACUCCUGUUGUGAUCUAUAGCAGUGACAGCCAGACUUUGUUGUAGGCUGUUAUAAGGGGGGGGGGAUUGCAAUUUAGUUUGAUUAUACACCUGUAUAGGUUAGGCCAGUGCUUCCCAAACUUGGGUCUCCUGCUGUUUCUUGACUACAAUUCCCAUCAUCCUUGACCACUGGCCUUACUAGCUAGGGAUGAUGGGAGUUGUAGUCAAAAAACCCAAGUUUGGGAAACACUGGGUUAGGCAAUUGUUCUGGGUUUAAAAAGACUCAGAUGGAACUAUCAAUUGUCAGUGCAAAUUAAAAGAAGCUAGAUUAUCACAAACCACUUAAAACUAAAGGGCAAGAGGCACUUUUACCUGUUGUGUGUUGUUGCCAGUAAAACAAAAAUAAAGAAAAAACUAGCUUUUCCAGUAGCCUUACUAACAGGGAAAGGGAGAAGAGCAGCAGCAAACUAAACAGGUGAGAAAGAGCAAAGGAAGGAGUUUGGAAGCUGAAAGGUGGUGGACUAUUGAGGCAUGGGAUGAGGUUGGAGACUCACAGUCUGAGGAAAGGAAUUGACCUUGUUGCACCCUUGACUCGGCAUAUGAUGGGUUUGAAUCAGUUUGUUUUGGCUCACACAAAGGGCUUCUCAAGGCUAGUGUUUAUUUUGGGUGUGUUCUGCAACAUGUUCUUGACACAAUAAUAGUGUGUGGAUUUAUUCUGCUUUGUUAGUUCAUCUGUGAUGCUUCCCAGCAUAACCGCAUUACAGUGGUACCUCGGGUUACAUACGCUUCAGGUUACAGACACUUCAGGUUACAGACUCCGCUAACCCAGAAAUAGUACCUUGGGUUAAGUACUUUGCUUCAGGAUGAGAACAGAAAUCACACGGCGGCAGUGCAGCAGCCCCAUUAGCUAAAGUGGUGCUUCAGGUUAAGAACAGUUUCAGGUUAAGAACGGACCUCCGGAACAAAUUAAGUACGUAACCAGAGGUACCACUGUAUUGCUGCCCAGAGGACUGAUAGCACAGUAACAGUGUGCGGGGUGGGGGACCAGAGGGUUUGCGUGAUAAAAAGAUAGGGGAUUUCAAUGGGAAGUUACAGUAUAUGCACUGAUUAGAAAUGAAGCAGUGUGAACACCCCAAAACAUUUGCAGGUACAAACAAUAUUGAAAGGGUGGCUGUGUUUGACUUCUCCAAUAGCAUCACAAGCACAAAUAAUGAUGAAUGUGCAAUAAAAAGGUUGUCUAGAGGGGCCCGAAGCUGGGUGUUCCCAGGCUUUGGAGAGAGAAAAUUUCUAUUUAAUCUGAACUAAUUUGAUUUAACAGUACGUACAAUUCAAAUGUUUUUGAAAAGUUUAACAAUCCAAUUAUCGACUUAUCCUUGUUAUAUUUUGCAGAGUACUAACCUAGGGGCCAUCUCAGUGUUGCAUGUCAUGUGCAAAUUGCUCACAGUGUGAAAACGUCUUCUUUUGAAAAACGUCCAAAACUUUAGAGUUGCCUAGCACAAACCCCCUCCCUGCAUCUCCUUGUCUGAAAAUCGCAGGUUCCAUCCAUUCUGCCAGCAAAUUCCAUGCUACUACCAAAAAUGAUUUUGUGGUGCAUUUGUUGACUUCCACUUUGUCAACAAAUUGCCUGAGAUUUCAGGCUAUGAGGUGAGACCACUCUGAGGCCAAGCAUGGUGUUUAUUUGAGCCCGUAAGCAGACCUUUUGAGCUAAAUGUUGUUCUCUGUUCACAGCCCUAAUCAUUAUUAACAUACAGUGGUACCUCGGGUUAAGUACUUAAUUCGUUCCGGAGGUUCGUUCUUAACCUGAAACUGUUCUUAACCUGAAGCACCACUUUAGCUAAUGGGGCCUCCUGCUGCCGCCGCGCCGCCAGAGCCCAAUUUCUGUUCUCAUCCUGAAGCAAAGUUCUUAACCCGAGGUAUUAUUUCUGGGUUAAUGGAGUCUGUAACCUGAAGUGUAUGUAACCUGAAGCGUAUGUAGCCCGAGGUACCACGGUAUAAUUAUAAUUAUGUAAGCGUCCUGAUUCUAUUUUAUGACUGGGUUGAGUAAAAUCAAUACAGUGGUACCUCGAGUUACAUACGCGUCAGGUUACAUACACUUCAGGUUACAGACUCCGCUAACCCAGAAAUAAUACCUCGGGUUAGGAACUUUGCUUCAGGAUGAGAACAGAAAUCGUGCUCCGGCAGCGCAGCAGCAGCAAGAGGUCCCAUUAGUUAAAGUGGUGCUUCAGGUUAAGAACAGUUUCAGGUUAAGAACGGACCUCCGGAACGAAUUAAGUACUUAACCCGAGGUACCACUGUAUUCAGUUAUGUUCUAGAGCUGCUAAAUGCACAUCCAUCCAGAUGUCAUAAUGAGCAUUCUUCGAGAAUGAUUAUGACUCUCAGUGUUAUAGUUUUUUGGCAUUAAUCAGGAGAGAGCUCAUGAUACUACUUAUUAAAGUUUACUUCAGAGGUCAGCAACCUUUUUCAGCCAGGCUGGACUAUAUUUCAGGAGAAAAAAUGAACGAAUUCCUAUGCCCCACAAAUAACCCAGAGAUGCAUUUUAAAUAAAAGGAUACAUUCUACUCAUGUAAAAACAUGCUGAUUCCCGGACCUUCCGCGGGCCGUAUUUAGAAGGUGAUUUGGCCAGAUCCUGGCCCCGGGCCUUAGGUUGCCUGCCCCUGGUUUACGUCUUUGUUCUGCUAGAACAAAUAGCAUGUUUUUGUUGACAGUUCCCUUUUGGUCAAACUGUACUUUGUAGAGCUUUAGUACAAAGGUAGAAGAUAUAUGGAAUGGCACAGGAAGAGCCAAUGUGGUACUCUCCAAACAUUUGGGAUUACAACUCCCAUCAACCCUAGCCAGCACAGUCAAUGAUCAGGAAUGAUGGGAGUUGUAGUCCACCAAUAUCUGGAGGGCUCCACAUUGGCUACUCCGAGAGGGGGGUGGAGAGGAAACAUGAAUUCUCCACGAAACAAAUUAGGGGAGGGGGAAGCUGAGGUAGUGCCAAUAAGGAUAACUGCUCCGGACAUAAUAGUAUUAGGUAUAAUAAAUCUAGUACCCACCAUUAUCUCAUUGGGAAUCAUAUUAAUUAACUAGCUAGGUUUGAAAGGCAUGAAACUUUGGAAAUUCUUCCAGAAGUUGUCAAGUUGCCAUCAAGCCAUAUGUGCUGGAACAUUCACAGGAUUACCACAACAGAAUGCUCUUGGAUGAUGCAAUGCUCUGGGAUCCUUUCCCUUCUCUCCAUGGACUCAGUUCUGAUUCUUAUCACUCAGUUUACUUCCCUAAUGAGCUACUGACUGAGACACAUCAGGCAUCACUGCUGGACAAGGAGGAGAACAAUUUCUUCGACAGCAUGAAUUGCCAUACAUCUUCUGGAGGGCUGUUGUGUGUUUUCCAUGAUUCCCAGAGUGUGCUACAAAAAUGCAAAUGUUGUUAUCGGAGCAUCAGAUUCUGCACUUCAACAUUAAUGUACAAUGUGGUGCAGUGGUUAAGAGUGGUAGUCUUGUAAUCUGGUGAACUGGAUUCGCUUCCCCGCUCCUCCACAUGCAGCUGCUGGGUGACCUUGGGCUAGUCACACUUCUCUGAAGUCUCUCAGCCUCACUCACCUCACAGGGUGUCUGUUGUGAGGGACGAAAGGAAGGAGGUUGUGAGCCACUUUGAGACUCCUACGGGUAGUGAUAAAGCGGGAUAUCAAAUCCAAACUCUUCUUCUUCUUCAUUACAGUGGUACCUCAGGUUACAGACACUUCAGACUCCACUAACCCAUAAUAGUGUCUCGGGUUAAGAACUUUGCUUCAGGGUGAGAACAGAAAUUGCGCGGCAGCAGCGGGAGGCCCCAUUAGCAAAAGUGGUACCUCAGGUUAAGAACAGUUUCAGGUUAAGAAUGGACCUCCAGAACGAAUUAAGUUCUUAACCCGAGAUACCACUGUAUUUCUAAGUAAAGCAAGACUCUAUGCUUCAAAGAGGGACGUGGGUGGCGCUGUGGGUAAAAGCCUUAGCGCCUAGGGCUUGCCGAUCGAAAGGUCGGCGGUUCGAAUCCCCGCGGCGGGGUACUCUCCUGUUGCUCGGUCCCAGCGCCUGCCAACCUAGCAGUUCGAAAGCACCCCCGGGUGCAAGUAGAUAAAUAGGGACCGCUUACUACCAGGAAGGUAAACGGCGUUUCCGUGUGCUGCGCUGGCUCGCCAGAUGCAGCUUGUCACGCUGGCCACGUGACCCGGAAGUGUCUCCGGACAGCGCUGGCCCCCGGCCUCUUGAGUGAGAUGGGCGCACAACCCUAGAGUCUGUCAAGACUGGCCCGUACGGGCAGGGGUACCUUUACCUUUACCUUUAUGCUUCAAAGAGAAGCUUGGAAGAUGACUGAGAGAUCUCAUAUGUUUGGGAUAGGGAGCUCUUCCUCACCCCAUCCCACUUCCUUUCCAGCAGGAUAAUAAAUUGCACAAAUGGUGUAGUUUUAGAGUGACCUCAGUGUGGAAUGCUAGCUUGCAGGAGUGCUCCUGUGAGCCACACCCAGAACAAUCAUGUGGAAAGAACUUGAACCACCCCUAGACACAAUUUGCGAUCUACCAAGAUGAAUGCAGUCAACCAGUCAUGUAUGGUGGUGCACCGGAGCCUCAAUAAAUAUCCUGUUUUUGCUCCUCGAUUUGGGUUGCCCAAGAACAGAGAGGUUGUCUACUACAGCAUCUCUUCAGAACAACACAGUUAGGCAGGUCUAAGCUUUAGCUGUGCCUUUUUCAAGCUAGGCAUAAGCAUAUCAGGAAUCUGUGCAGUCAUGUAUUCAAAAUUUCAGUAGUGAAGCAUGUUUAUAUUUAUUGUGUCCAGCAGGGCAAGUGCGUCACAGAUGAGAAUCUUUGCUGUUGCCAGAAUGCCAGUGGCAUUGCAAAUCAUUCUCUUCCCCACCUGCCCACAACUUACAUAAGAUUAAGGCAAAUCAAAAUGCCAUUGUAGUUGCAAAAGAGGCAAAUAAUAGAGAUGUUAUCUUUGUGUUCAUUCAAGGUUGUCAACAGAUAACUAUUGCAGGGACCUUGUGCCAAAGUAGAAACAAAGGUUCACCCAAGUACACGUGUGUGUGUGUGUGUGUGUGUGUGUGUGUGCACGCACGCACACAAACACAUAUUUAUCACUAUUUGCUAAAAAUAUAUAUCACAUAAUCAGUUGCAUUGGUCAAACUCAUAACUGCCCUUAACUCUGUGACACAGUCACAUAGCCAAAUGCUAGUAGUUAUGCCAUCUUCUACUUCAGUGUGUAAUACAAUGGCAAGAAUCUUCAAGGAAGUGCUUAAUUUUCUUCUGUUUUUUUCAGGUACACAAUAAUACAACAUCAGGUCAGGCGGUCACCAUGGAACUGUUCCUCACCUUCCAGUUGGUCCUGUGCAUUUUUGCCUCAACUGAUGACCGCAGGAGUGAUAACCUGGGAUCCCCAGCCUUGUCCAUUGGUUUCUCUGUUGUCCUGGGUCACCUGCUUGGAGUGCGUAUCUCAAGAGCAUUUAUUGACAACUGUUGAGUAUGCAUGGAUGAAAAUACUGACAGCAGGGCAUGUGUUUAAGAGGGUGCAAUAUACCCAUCUUAGCUUCCCAGGGCUGGGAGAUCAGGAGGAAAGGUUGGUGUUGUGAUUGCGCCAAAUAUGCAGUUUCAAUUUUUCAUUCGAAUCCACCUGUUUUGGUUGGGUGGAAAUUUCUCCUGACACCCACUUCAAAUGUUCAAAUAUACAUCUCUUUAAAAAUAAAUCCUCUUCAACACUGCUGUUUCCUCUGGGCUGCUGAAACUUCAGUGCCAUUCUCUACCCUUUGCUGCUUCCACCUCCUUGGAUUAAUCGCAUUGCACAUCCCAACCAAUCAGAGAUCACAUCUUGAACAAGAUGACAUCAUCUUUAUAUGUAUAUAUAAUUUUUAUUAAAUUUUCUAAUUUACAUUUCAAAAUAGUCAUAUAAACAACCUUAAAUCAAGGACUUCCCUUCUUCUCUAUCCAUGGUUCAUUUUGCAUACCACACAUCCCUGCAUAUGUUACAUGAACUAAACCAUUCAGUAAUCCAUCGUUACAUCCGUCAAAACUUAUUUACACUGUUGAAUUUAUCUUAACACUACCAGCAUCUUUAAUUAAACAAAAUUUUCACCCAUAUAUUCAGUAAACACCAUCAACUGGUACCUAGUCAGACUUGGCUAGAAGACAUGGGGGCAAGUUAAAUGAAUGUGUGAAUAUUUUCACAAGGACACACAAACACAUUUACAAUGUUGAAUUUAUCUUAAUGCUACAAGCAUUUUUAAUUAAACAAAAUUUUCAUUAUAUUCAUAUAUAUUUCAAUAUAUUCAGUAAACACCAUCAACUGGUACCUAGUCAGACUUGGCUAGAAGACGUGGGGGCGAGUUAAAUGAAUGUGCGAACAUUUUCACAAGGACACACAAACACAUUUCCCAAAAGGUAGGAUGCAAGGCAUUAUUAUAUUUAUUUUUAGUGCACUCCAAAAUAUGUUCAUAUGAAAUGGUGUUGACUCAGCCCUGGCUUAGCAGGUAAUCAUUUUCAUUUUCAUCAGUUUCUUCAGAAGUAAAUAACUGGGGUGAGUUUUAGGUAAUGAGUACCAUUAGCUGAAGCACUUCUCAAGGACUUCUGCUUGCUCAAUGGGACUUCCCCCCACUCUCCUCUUCCUACAUCCCCCAAACUGACAAGGGGGUCAGGAGAACCUCCGGAAUGGGGGAGGUGAGAGAGGGGAUUACUCCAAUGGCAAGCCCAAAAUCUUGCCCUGAUUGAAUGAUUGCUUUAGUGUAAGGUUGAAUUUAUUCCCAAAAUUAUUCUUGUUUUACGGAUAGAAAAAUGAGCCACAGAGAAAUGGAAAAGGCUAGUGGAUCAAAGUUUCCUAAACAAAAUGUCACAAUAGCAUAGUUGUUGGCCUAAUGUUAGCAUUAAGAUAGAAAAGGAGUAAGUUGAGCAUUUCUUAGUGAAACAACUUUCCAGUGAAAAAUCUGGUAAUAAUCAUAGCAGGCAGCUUCUACUCAGAAGACUGGAUUUUGAGGUCCUCAAAGACACAGACUUCCACCACAGGGCCAACUAGCAUACAGUGUCUGGGGAAGCAAUAAAAUAUUCCCUGCUUCUUUGAGUAUAUCUUAAUCUAUGAAUGGCUCCCAGCUCUCUGUCUUGAUUGGCUAGAACUGGGAAGCAGGGGUGGCAAGAUCCUGUAAAUUCUACAAGCAAGGACUCUCUUGCCCUCUUAAAUAGUUCCCCCCCCCCAUCUUUGCCCCUCUGCCUUUGGGCUGCUUCCUCAGAUAUUUGCUACUAACUCAUGACAGCUUGACUGCAAUAAGGGUUUUUCCAUGUGCUAUGUGACUCUCAUGUGAGCUAGUGACUAUUAACAGGCCUGCUGUCACUCAUUCACAGUGAGAUUGUGUACAUGUUUGCUCAGAAGGAAGUCCCAUUGUGUUUAAUGGGGCUUAAAGGUAAAGGUAAAGGGACCCCUGACAAUUAAGGGACACCUGACAAUUAAGUCCAGUCGCGAACGACUCUGGGGUUGCAGCGCUCAUCUCGCUUUACUGGCCAAGAGAGCCGACGUUUGUUCACAGACAGUUUUUCCAGGUCAUGUGGCCAGCAUGACUAAGCUGCUUCUGGCAAAACCAGAGCAGUGCACGGAAACUCCAUUUACCUUCCCGCCGGAGCAGUACCUAUUUAUCUAGUUGCACUUUGACGUGCUUUCGAACUGCUAGGUUGGCAGGAGCAGGGACCAAACAACGGGAGCUCACCCUGUCGCAGGGAUUCGUAUCGCCGACCUUUCGAUCGGCAAGCCCAAGUGGCACAGUGGUUUAACCCACAGCGCCACCCGCAUUCCUUGAAUGGGGCUUAAUCCCAGGUAAAAGUGCACAAAAUUGCAAUUUAAGAAUGCUCUAUCCAGCUCCUAAGCCUUGGGGUGAGUCAAAUACAACCCAUAGGCCACAUCUUAGCCACUCCUUAGCACCAGAGGUAUUGAAACACUGCACUACAUAAGGCAUCGGAUUGUUGUUCUCUCUGAAGAGCUAGAGAUAGUUCAAGAAUUCUUCUGAAAGCCAUGACCAAGCUCCUUAAUCCACAGGAGUACAUGCUCUGCCAUUAGCAACAAUCUCUUAUGACAGCUACAGCCACGCUUGACUCCACUUGCAUUCUUUAAAGCCACGAGGCCAAACUUCACAUGUAAUGAAGAUCUAUUAGUGGAUUUAUCAACUUUUUAAAAAAUGAAUCAAUCUUGGUCUAAGGCUGCACACCCUACAGAAUUUAACAGGACUUACUUCUGAGUAUAUAUGUGGUUAGGAUUGCACUAUAAAUCUCCCCUACCCCACUGGCUGUUUUCUCUUGGGGGGGGGAAACAAGGCCUCAGGAUUGGCCUUGGAUCUCUGGGUUUAGUAGUAGUAGUAGUAGUAGUAGUAGUAUUUGUAUUCUGUUUCUAAGUCACGUUGUGGUCUCUCAGCUUCAGCCUGUGUUUCAGAUUCUAAACCACUCUGUAUAAGGUGUAGCUCUUUAUUCCCCAUUCAUUAGGAUGGAGAAUAUUAAAAUGGAUAGAACUUUUCCACCUUUUGGCCAAAGUGGAUGAAAUUUACAGGCAUGGGAGCUCCUCCAAAGUGGAUUAAGAUUGACAAAUCGCAGAAAACUAAAUCCAGAGGGUUUUAUGGGGGAAGUAGUUCGAAAGCACGUCAAAGUGCAAGUAGAUAAAUAGGUACCACUCCAGCGGGAAGGUAAAUGGUGUUUCUGUGCGCUGCUCUGGUUGCUAGAAGCGGCUUAGCCAUGCUGGCCACAUGACCCGGAAGCUGUACGCUGGCUCCCUCGGCCAAUAAAGAGUUGGUCACGACUGGACCUAAUGGUCAGGGGUCCCUUUACCUAGAAGAUUUUUACUUUCCUCCAUAACUCACAUUAGUUUCAUAUUUUGCAUGGAGUGUGGAGGAAGAGGGCUUUGUCUCUUGCUUUCUUACCUUAACACAGGCAUAAGCAAACUCCGGGCCUCCAGAUGUUUGGGACUACAAUUCCCAUCAUUCCUGACCACUGGUCCUGUUAGCUAGGGAUGAUGGGAAUUGUAGUCCCAAACCUUUGGAGGACUGGAGUUUACCUAUGCCUGCCUUAAAAGAAUUAAGAGGCAAAGUGGUGUGCAUUCUUGCCUGUAUAUUUCUAAAAACUUCACAGCUUCACAGCUUCACACCUUACUUUCCACUAUCAGGUAGAUCUUCCAACAUGAGGUUGUCUAGAACCAGUGUAGGUUGGCCAAUUAGGGCAAAUGGAGUGUUGCGCAUGAGCCUCUGUCUGCCUUCAGCCAUCCCCCCUCUGUCUGCUUUCUAAUUUAUAUUCAGUACAGGGGAUGGUGCCUGCUGUGAGCUUCCUCUUCCUAAUCCUCAGUGUUGCCAUGAUGGAACUCAGUAAUGAGGAGGAUGGGUGCAAAGUUAAAUUUAAUUGGUUCUGCCUGCCAUGGUCUUUUUGUCUCCUACCCUACCAGUCCCAAUGAUCACUAGUCACCAUGGUCUAGAAUAUGGCCUGUGGGGCUCUGAAAACUUCUGGCUUGUUGUUCCUUAAUGAAGAGCAACAUAGAAAGUUGUUGUUGUUGUUUUUUAAAAAAAGAAGCAAACUUUUAGUUUUUUAAAAAUUAUCUGCUGCUGUGCAUUAACAAAAUAAUUAACAACAACAACAACACAGACAUCUUCAGAAACUCCACGGGAAUAUUCUGGGCAGCCUUACUUCUUGCAGAGAAAGUAAGACCUAGAGAAAAUAAGACAGGGUGAAAAACCUCACAUCACCCCGAUUUCCUUCUUUGUUGGGACUCCACAUAGAAUUGAUGCACACCCUUAAAAAAAAAGAUGCUAAAGCUGAUGGUAGAUUCCCUCCAUGCAUUAAAGGAGAAUGUCAGAAGAGCUAACCACAGAUAUUUAUCAUAUUUACACCAUGCCCUUCCUCCAGCAUGCACAGUUCUUUCUGUCUCAACCCCUUUCAUCCUCACAUUGAUCCUGUGAAGUGCAUUAGGCUGGGGGACAGUCACUGACCCAAGGUCGCCCAGUGGACUUCAUGGGUGAGUGCAGAUUUGAACCUGCAUCUGCCCACUCUAACCACUACACCACCACCCCUUUCGCCAUGUGUUGUUUGACCUUCCAAAGUGUGAUUGCGAAAGUAUCCUUGAACAACUAAUAAUAGAAAAUCCAAGCUUUCAUCCAAGUGUCAUGUUUUUUUAAUUAUUAUUUCAUAAAAUGUAUACACCACUUGAUUAUAAAAAAAAAGACCUCAAAGUGGUUUACCAAAAGAUAAAACAAUAAAAUCAAGGGGGGUGGAUGGGACACAUGACUCAAGCAUACUUUAUUUGGUGAAGCUCUUUCAGAAAAUGUUUCCCUUAUCAGGUGACCUUUAAAAGUCACACACUAAAGAGUUGCACAGAUUCUCCGGGAAAGACCCAUAGAAACAGUCCCGUAUACUCACAGCAUUGAGGAAGCACUGUGAGAUGAAUAAGCAUUUUCCGCAGUCCUUCUGUACCAUUUACAGCCCACAUGGUUCUGUAGUAGGAAGCAUUUGGUGAAACAGAAAUAAUGUGCUUAUCUGAGGCCCUCAGGCAUGCCCUAGGCCCUGUUCUCCUGCCUGAUGGCUGCCAUCAGAUUCCCAAGAACCAUGGGAAAGGGCUGAUGACCUGAUGAUACUUGGGGGUCUUGGGAAACUGAUAAAAUAUAAUGCCCCUUGAUGUUUCCACAAGAACCGUCUCAAUAUUUUUGGCAUCAUUUAUUUCCCCCUCUUUAACUCAGCGGGACGCGGGUGGCGCUGUGGGUUAAACCACAGAGCCUAGGGCUUGCCGAUCAGAAGGUCGGCGAUUCGAAUCCCCGCGAUGGGGUGAGUUCCCGUUGCUCGGUCCCUGCUCCUGCCAACCUAGCAGUUUGAAGGCCCAUCAAAGUGCAAGUAGAUAAAUAGGUAUCUCCGGCAGGAAGAUAAACGGCGUUUCUGUGUGCUGCUCUGGUUUGCCAGAAGCGGCUUUGUCAUGCUGGCCACAUGACCCGGAAGCUGUUCGCCGACUCCCUCGGCCAGUAAAGCGAGAUGCGCGCCGCAACCCCAGAGUCGGUCACGACUGGACCUAAUGGUCAGGGGUCCCAUUACCUUUACCUUUUAACUCAGCAAGUCACUACCCACAUAAAGGUAAUGUUUUGACUCCAGCACUAAUAUCCAUAGCAAUAAAUGCUUUUCUUUUUUCCCCUAGAUCUACUACACUGGCUGCUCCAUGAACCCUGCUAGAUCUUUUGGUCCUGCUGUGAUUGUGGGUGAAUUUGACAACCACUGGGUAAGACUCCUAAUGGAUUGUGCCCAGUAGUGGGGGUGGACUUCAGAACCUCAGAGCUAUCCUCCUUAUACCAGCAUCACUACUGUUUACCUGGAUGGGGCUGAGCUGGGGCAGCAACCAGCAAGGUCAGGGCCACAUGAGUGCACCAGUGAGAGGGCCAGGUGGGUAGAGGGGGUCCUGCCACUGUACCCUCAUGGCCCCAACCUCCCCACAUCUCUGCCCAUCCCCACUAAGAUAAGUAUAAUGCUGGUGUUAGAACGGCAGUUCUGUUGCUCUGCCCCAGCACACAUUUCACUGCUGCCUAUAGCAUACCUAUGGCUGACAGAGUUGAGUGUGAGGAGAAGGUGGAGGGAAUGAUGGGGGUUCUUAUACCUGGAGCCUUGUAUUCAUGCAUGUUCAUAGCAGGCAAGAUGCAUCCCCUCCUGUUCUGAGAGAUACGGCUUUUGGGAAACGUAGAGAAACAGGCUGUACGAGAGCCGGAAAACAGCAAGCCUAGCAACUCGAAACAACAUUUUGGGAAUCCCCCAAAAUGCAAAACAGCAACAAAACAGGGUCAGUGUUUUCACAGGGACACGUAACAGUAAUUGGAACCAUCCCUGGUUAAAUACAGACCAUUGAAGCAUAUGCAAGACCAACCCAAGGCUUGGGCCAGAUGAGAUGCUUAUGGCCAUGUGGAUUUCCCUACUUUUCAGGGAUCAGAAAGCCUGUUGGCAAAGGAAGACUAUUAUGUGGAUACAAGAGCUGCCAAUUGAAAGAAAGAUGUAGUGAUUGGCAACAAGAACCAUAGGCAAGUUUUUCUUUGGUGAUCACUUGUAGCCAAGUAAGAUUGUCUUCCAUUGGUUGAACUGGUUUGAAGCCAGAAAAGGCUUAAGUGGCUUGUUCUUUGUGACUCGGCAGUAGAUUAAAAACCCCAUUCUGGUUCUAGUUAAUACCGGAAUGAGUUCUUCAGAUUCUGGUUUUAGCCAGCUUUAGGGUAGUUUUUCAUUGGAUCUUUCUUUCGUCUAUUUUUUUAAUAUGGAGACAACUUAACAUUUGUGUUCAAUGAGGUGAAAGAAUGAAGGAAGUAAAAGCUAUUAGCAAGUUUGGCAGAUAUCCAUUGAUUCUUUAACUUCCCACAUAUUGGGCCAAACCAAAAACACAUGUGACAAGGCAUUAUUAUUAUUAUUAUUAUUAUUAUUAUUAUUAUUAUUAUAUUAUUGAAGUUAUGAAGCGUCCCUGAGCUGCCCUGUUGUAACAAAGAGGGCUGCCAUUCACCGAGCUACUUGGAUUCUUGAGAUCCGGGCAGGGAGGAGGGCCCAGAGAUAAAAUGAGGCAGUAAUUAUAGCUCAGUAACAACAGCUAUAACUGCUUAGCAUCAAAUGCUAAGCAGGUUCAACAGUGGCAAAUAGCUGGAUAUGGAACAAUAGAGGGCCAUUGCCUUUGAUCUGUUAUAGGCAAGACUUUCUUGCUUUCUUAGGGGAAGAACUGUAACUCGGAGACAGAGCACAACUUUUGCAUGCAGAAAGUACCAGGUUGAAUCACCAAGCAGAAGAGAGCACAUGAGCUCAACAGAAGUUGGGGGUGGAAAGAGUUGGUAAAUGCAGAUGGGGUUGGGAAGAGGAAGUGGUCCAGAACAGCAAGGAGAAAGCCAGAGGGAGGAAUCUGAAAGGAGCAGGACAACUGGGAGAGUAAAGGAGUGGAGGGGGAAGCUGCAUGUGAUCAGGAGCUGCAGAUGUGAGGAACUGCACGUGAAACUGGAAUGGCCAACUAAAUAUUUGGCCAAUAGCUAUUUGGUAAUCUUGAGUUUUCCAACUGCGCCAACACACCCAUAACUCUUUCCCCCUAAUUACAUUACAUUAAUUGCAAUAUAUUGAAAAAAAAUCUCUACUGCCCUAUUGUGGGAAACCUUGAACUAGAAUUUUGAGGUCUAAUGGGGGAAGAGCUAUCUUCUAUACUACACUUAAUCUUAGCCAAAAGGCUGAGAAGUGAUGCUACCUUCUAUAAAUUGUUUGGUACCAGAAUUUAUACAAGAAUGUUCAUCCUGGUCAACCAUCAACCUUGUAUCUCUCUCAUUCUCUCCUUUCCUCCCUCAGGUCUUCUGGCUGGGUCCAAUGGCUGGAGCGGUGGUGGCUUCCUUGCUCUACCACUACGCUCUCUUCCCCCAUGCAAAGACCCUCUCGGAGCGGCUAGCAAUCUUCAAAGGCUACGAGCCGGAAGAAGACUGGGAGGAGCGUGAUGUUCGCAGGAGGCAAUCGAUGGAGCUCCACUCCCCACAGACCCUGCCUCGAAGUGUGAUGGAGAAAGUCUAG